UCGGAAAUUGUUAAUAUGGUUAGGGUUCUUUCCCUCUUCGGUUCGCAUCUGUGCUCUGAUCCAUCCUCCAUGCCGAUUCCCUCAACUGUCUUGAAUUCUAUCCCAAUGACUGGUAAUGUACCUGUCAAGGUGGAACAUGACCCAGCAGCAUCAAUUUCAGUGUCUUUGCGAUCGAUAUCGUCCCAGCCUGUCAAAGGAGAGCCAGAUGAUCUUUCAAACGGUCAGCUUCCAUUGAUGGUGCCGUCAGUCUCUUCAGCGCAUGGAGAUGAUAAGCGUGCGGCUGAAAUUGCGAAAUCGGUGAGUGAACUCGGUAAUCUAGCUUUUGCUAUAAAUGCUUUCAAGAGCAGGUUUGAUGAAUUGCAAAAGCAUCUGGAUUUCAUCGACAAAGCCAUCGACACGAGGUCCAAAGAGCUUCCUCUUCCCUCCAAUACAACGCAGAAUACGGUGAUAGUGUCUUCUACUCCUUCGGCAGGAGGCAAUGUUCAUAGUACGGAACCUGUGAGUGCCCAGCCUACUCUGGUGAAGGAGAAUGCAUUGCAUUCGAAUCAGAAAUUGAAAGAGAAAACUGAGAAUGGGGACGGAGGUGGGUCCCUAAAUGAUGUUCUUUCACUUUGCCGAACGAUGUGCAGCCGUGGCCUCCGUAAAUAUAUAGUCUCAAAUCUAUCACAACCAGAGAAACUCCGUGAGCAAGUUCCCGUGGCGCUCAAGAGUGCCCCGAAACCAUUGAAACUCGUUUUUGAAUGCAUUGGGCGAUUUUUUCUCCAGGGAAGCAGAGCUUACAACAAAGACUCCCCCAUGAUUCCUGCUAGACAAGCUUCAGUUCUUGUUUUGGAAUAUUAUCUCUUGUCCGGUUGCACUGAUAAUGAGAAAGACAUUGAUCCUUCCUUGAAGGAAGAAGCUAGCUUGUCUGCAUCUGCCUGGAAGAAAAGACUGAUCGUCGAGGGUGGUGUUUCAAAGGCUUGUGAGAUUGAUGCAAGGGGUUUGAUUCUUUUCGUUGGUUGCUUCGGUAUUCCAGCUGGUUUCCGACACGAAGAGAUACGGGAUUUGAUUCGUUUGAGCAAUCCUAGGGAAAUUAUGCAUGCCCUUCGUCAGUCUCGUGGCCUUCUCAAGAAGGUUUCAGAUAUUACUGAUGGAUUGUUGAAGAAGGGCAUGGUUGUUGAAGCUAUUGACUUGGCAUAUAUAUUUGGAUAUGAAGAAAAACUUUCCCCUCAGACAAAUUUGACUUCAUAUUUGCAGAAGUCUGAAGAUUCUUGGAAGAAAACUAAGCAAGAAACUCGUGGUUCAGCUACUGCAUUGAAGCAAGCUGAUGAAAAAUACUUAGCUACUCUGAGGUCUGUAGUAAAUUGCUUGGAAGGUCACCAAAUUGAUCACGCAGAAUUUCUUCCUGGAUCGAAACUAAAGGAGAAGAUAAGCAAACUGGAAAAAGAUAUUGAUGAUGCCAAUAGAAAAAUCCAAGACAAGGUGGUGUCAAAGAGAAAAAUGGAUAAAAAUGAUUCUUCAAACAAAUUGAAGACUCCAGAAUCAAAGCGAUCAAGGUUGCAUUUAAAAGAUCCACCUCUAGUAUCAUCUCCACUCUCCUUUUUGCAUGAGCAAAGGACUAGUGGUAAUAUGGAUGGAAAUAGCUUGUAUGAUGGUUCAUUGACGGCACAUGUGCUGAGCAGACCCUCAAGUCAUUUAUACUCUCCUGCAUCAUCUGUACAACUUGGAUCUGCUGCAGGGCCUUUGCUGGAUGGUGUCUUUGGAGGUACAUUAGCAGCUGGGGGCGGCAAGCUUAUAGGUGCUGCAAUUGGUGGCACAACUGCUUCAUUUUCCGCAUAUCACGGAGAUAUAGCAUUAGACAAUGUUGGGACAAUGCUGAAUACCAAUGACCAUCUU